ACCAGCGGUCGACUAAAAUAAAUUAACAAACCGCUAACCAGACCCAGACAAUUGCCAAAAAAACGUGAAACAAUAAAAGUGCACAAAUUAGUAUAAAUACUAUAUAUCCGAGAAAUAUUUGAUAUAUAUCCAAUAACAAAUAUAUAUUUUUAAAAAUAUACAAACAUGCUCGGAAAAAGUCACAUCAUUUUGGUCAGCUCUUUGCUGGUACUAGUCACCCUGCCAGUGAUUCGCGCCGAUCUCAUGUGCUAUGUCUGCGACGACUGCGCCCAGUUGCCAAAGGACGCACCUCUUCUGGCCUGUAACGAGGACUUCUUCAACUCUGGCGGCAGCACAGCGGCCUCGACAGACACAACGACCACCACACCCGAACCGAGCACAGUCCCCGUCGAGGAGAGUACGACUCCAGUAGUGGACACCACCACAACUGCCACCAGUGCUGAAACAACCACGUCGGAGGCAGUGGAGACCACAUCCAGUGAAAUCACCAGCGAGACCACACAGAGCCCUCAGACCACGGAGGCACCAUCUCCCACUCCGCCAACACCACCCACCGCCGGACCUGUGGAGACCACGCCCGCUGAGCCCACUCCCCCCGCCGAGGAUCUGAGCAAUGUGGCCUUGAACAUCACCCGCCUGGCACCAGUCAACCCCGAGAGCUCUACUCCUGCUCUGAGUGUAGAGUCUACAUCUGUUUCCAACGCUGAAUCCACAACUCCUCGCUCCAGCGACUCCACUCCCGCUCUGGUUGUGGCCUCCCGGAGAAGGCGUGACGCCAUGGACGCCGAGUACACCUAUCAUUGCUACAGUGUGAACGUUGCAGUCAACAACUCUGUGAUCACGAAUCGCGGAUGCUCCCGAGUGACCACCUCUGAGGGCGUCUGCGAUCAGCUGAAGCUCCAAAACAACAACACAGAGCUCGCCACCUGCGACCCUUGCAGCAUGAAUGCCUGCAACAGCAGCUCCAUGCUGAGGAACUCCGUCCUGGCCACUUUCCUUUUGGCCUUUGUGGCCGCAGUUCUCCAGCGCAACUAAAUGGUCUAGCCAUCUUUCAUCACCCGGUGCUACAAUCUAGUAUUCCUCGUUUCUUUAAGACACUCAUCAUCAGACACAGUCCCAAUCAUCAAGUGAUUUAUAAAUUUUAUAUAAAUUUAAGGAUAUACACGACAAAUCACUCACCCACACACAAAACACAACGAAUAUCGAAAUAUAUACAACUGUAUUUGUAUAAAUUUAAUCUAACCAAAUGUGAAGUUUAAGGCGAAAACUUAAUAAAUAAUAUAUGUAAUUGUUAA